GCAGUUAACAAGUCAUAAAACACUUAAGAGCAAAACGCUCUGUGAGUAGACUGAUUACAAAAGGAAUUGCUUUAGUAAAAGUUUUGGAUCACUGACAAGAUGGCUGAGAAUCGCAGAAGAAAGUACGUCGAGGUUCCAUUGACAAUUGGUGACAACAUCCGAUACAUCAAGGGCGUGACGAAGUACACAACUUGUGGUGACAUUGUCAAGAUGGUGCUCCGUAAACUGGAGGACGGGAAGGAGCAAGCCGACUCGCACGCCUAUGGAAUCUUCGAGUCCUCUCGGGGUAUCGAACGACCUAUCCCUACAAAGAGUCGUCUGCUAAAAGUUAUGCGAUCGUGGGGAAUGGACAAUCAGUUUGAGUUCAUCUUUCGCAAAAUUGCCCCAAAAAUCACCAUGCCAAAGAUGUCCGAAGCCAAACGCAGGAAGCUGACCAACAGAAACAGGCUUACCCAGGAGGCAGGUAGCAAUGCGGGGCAGUGUGCAGCAAGUCGGUAUUCACACCCAAAUGAGUUUGUCAAGGAACUGUAUUUUAAUGAUUCUGAUAGCAGUGAUGACGAGGAUGUGCCAUCAGUAAGUCAGGGAAAUCUCAUGGACCAGAGGUUUGUUCUGGGCCAGACACACAUGACAUCCUGUGAAAUUAGCAGGAACGUUACAGGACAGUCGUUCCAUGAGACAUUUGUAGUCAACCAAAAUUCAACAGUUACAAGUGACGUGUCGAGUGUUAAAUAUGCAACAAGAAAGACUCUGAAACACAAGCCGUCAACAAUGGUAACUAAUCCCAAGUUUCCAAUCGAAAAGUCAGGAACGGUAGCAGAUAAAGGCUGUGCAGGAAACAACAAAGACGCCCACCGUCAUGUUAAAAGGCACGAACGACUGGCUAAAGACAUUGUCUCCAAAAUCUCUAAACUAAACCAGCGUGAGGGCAAGGACGCUCUGUUGCAGAGGUACUUCUCUGAGUACAUGACCUACCGAUCCCCGAGCAGCCGCUACCUCGACACCAGGUUCCGUGAGCGAGGAGAUGGCGCCGAGGAGGAUACCAGAGCGAACGUAAACGCCGACAUCGGCACUAAUGCAACAAACAACAUUACCCCCUGCCUUCGAGGGCGACGAGUGCCGACCGUGCUCACGUACGACGACUGCGAUAAUGACUCCGGGCACGAAGGGACAGACGACGGCAACGACUUCAACACCGCGUUCAUCAGCGAAAAGUACCAAAGAGAUGCUCAGCCGGUCAAUUCUGCUACAUUCAAUGUAAGCACAGCCGACCACUGCCAGUACCAGAAGCUGGUCGACUACAGCAUCAGCGAGAGCGAGGCAGACAGCAUCCUUUCGGACCCGAGUGAGAUAAGCAGGAUGAGCGAGCAUGCGCACAACGUGAGCAGUGUGUCGGACAUCGUGCGGACAGCGUUCUCUGAGUCUGGGACUGGAAGUGAAGACGACGCCAUGGAGAGCUUCAUGAGGACGCGUCUGGAGGAGGAUUUUUCAGACGAGGGCCUCAGCUCCCUGGGCAGUGACGACGAAAAGGAAAUCCUUGUGUAGACCACGACCGCAAAAUAGAACAUCACUGUGCUGCAUGCGCUUGAGCCGCCCGUGUAGUGCGAGCUAUUUGUUGCAAAAGACAAAGAUUCUUUGAACGUUUGAAAGGUGGCUUUUCGCUUAUGCGAACUUUUUUCUCUUUCUGUCGAUCUCUUGU